AUGAAUUUUAACGACACUGAUGAUGCAUUGAGUGCCCCGGUUUGGGAUGAUUUGAACCCGCCCACCAAGAAACAGGAACUGAACGCAGAUGUCCCUGAAGAGUUGAGUUCCACUUUCGCCACUUUGAAUACUGGUGAUGAACUUGUCACUAACCCCAUAGUGGAGGUCAGUGAGGGAGAAGAGGAGAAAUUUGAUGUAGAGGGUAAACCUUUUCAAAGCCAUUGGGUGGCUAACGCAUUUGCUAGUCAGGAUCAGAAUGACUCCGAUAAUAGAGAAGGGGUGCGUAUAACUAAGGAUAGCAACGCAUUACUUCUGAAAGGUGAAGUUAAGAACGAAGACACUGAUGACCUUAAUAUUUCUAAGGCAGACUUAAUGAACGAACUAGCUAGCAGUGAGGUUGAUCCUGCAUCUGGGUGGACCAACCCUAGCAUUGAACCAACAACUUAUAAUAUCAAUGCUCCCCUUUUCAGCGGUGACAAUUCAUUACCAUUAGCGUUCAAUGAUACGGGUAAGAUGGAUGAAUUACAAUCCACUUUAAAUUUGCAUUCAAAUGCUACGAACCUUGGAAAACCAAAAAUUUUAUUCAAUUCAAGGAAAAUGUUGAAGAGGAAAGAUUAUGAGAGAGAUCAUUUGAAAUCGAUUAAUACUGAUGAUCCUCUAGGCAAAGCUCAGAAGGAUAGCGAGUUUAUUGAUGAACCAUUAGAUGAUAACACAACUUCCAUAUCAAAUGUAAACCCUGUUUCGAAAGGUUCAGAUAUAAAGAGACAGAUGGAAGAACCUUUGUAUAAAUUAUCUCCUAAAAAGGACCAUACGCAGACAAACGAAGCCAAAAAAGAAAAUGACAAACCAACAGAAGUGAAGCAAGCUCCUAUCGAAGAGCCCAAACCAGAAUUUGUAAAAUUUGAUAUUGUAGUUAAGGAUCCGAGAAAAGUUGGGGAAUUGACAUCGGCACAUAUCGAAUAUAUGGUUGUUGCAGAGGCAAAGAUUCUAGAAUCUGGAUGCUCCAUUGUAUAUAGACGUUAUAGGGAUUUUAGAUGGCUCUAUCGUCAAUUACAAAAUAAUCACUGGGGUAAAAUUAUUCCACCACCUCCAGAAAAACAAGCUGUAGGUAGGUUUAAGCAAGAUUUUAUUGAGAAUAGAAGAUUACAAAUGGAAAAUAUGCUUCAAACAAUUGCAUCAAGUGACUCUUUACAAAAUGAUUCUGAUUUUAUACUAUUCCUUACAAGUAAAGAUUUCCCACAAGAUUGCAAAAAGCGUGAAUAUGAAUCUGGUUCAAAUGCUUGCAACGAUAGUGGUGAUCUAUCAAUUACAUAUAUCAGUGAAAUUCAAUUACUGGGUGAAGAAGACGGUCGUAGAGUUAUAAAGAAUGGUGGGCUUCUGGGGGAAUCUGAUAAAGGAUUUCUAAGUUUAUCUUUCUCUGCGCCACCAAAAUAUGUGGAAGUGGAUAACUUCCUUAACGAACGUCUUAAAACGAUUGACAACUUAUCAAAUGAAUUAAAGGAGAUGUACAAAACCUUGGAAACAGUUGAUACAGAAAGAACCAACCUUGCUAGCUCGCUUACGGAUAUACAAAUGAAAUUCGAAAGUUUGUCGGAACUAAAUGUAACUACUGAAAGUACAUCGAUAUUGAAUUCAUUGGUAGAUGUGGAAAAAGCAAUUCAACAAUCUCUUGAAAGAUGUUCGUUCCAGGAAUCAUUGAUUAUGGGUACGUGCAUAGAUAACUACAGUAGGUCACUGGCAAGUGUGAGAGCCAUUUUUAACCAAAGAAUGACGAUGGGUGCCUUUAUGAUGGCAGUAGAAAAUGAUUUAAGGAAAAAAAAAUCGCAAGGAGAGCGUGUGCUGAAAUAUGCAAAGGGUCAGAACGAUCCUGAUAAGUUUGAAGCCUUUAAAUUACAGUAUAAGCUUAUAGAGAGGAGAGCCAGGAUUAUAAGGUCAAAAUGGAAUGAACUUGGAGAAACAAUCAGAAACGAAGUUGCCCGGUUUGAUUUAGAUAAGACAAGAGAAUUAAGGGAUAGCAUGGAAAUAUAUCUGGAAACAUUAAUUGAAUCCCAAAAGGAAUGUAUUGAGUUAUGGUAUACCUUCCAUAAGAACAAUUUUUAA